GGACAUAUUAACAGAAGUAACAGUACAAGCUCAUCUGGUGCGCCUGACAUCACCAAAGGGCUGAACCAGGGGCGGACUGACAACUCAUGGGGCCCCCGAGCAAUAGGGGAUCAUGGGGCCCCUGUGUCCUUGCUCAAACUCAAAAAAGCCUAUGAAAAAGGUACCAGGGGCAUCUCAAGGGGCCCCCUACUGACCUCGGGCCCUCGGGCAGUGCCCGAGUUUCCAAAUGGUGAGUUCGCCCCUGGGCUGAAUGUA